GCGGCGGGGGCGGUGCCCUGCCCGCGGGAGGGAGGAGGAGGGACGAGGCCCGAGGGAAAAGGGAAAAGGAGGGCCCGAGGGCGCCAGCGGCCAGCCCGUCGCUGGGACCUGCAGGAUGUUUUUCUCUGGUGGGCAGUGUGGUCAUGUUGGCAGACCUGAAGAAGUUUUACUGACAUUCAAGAUAUUCCUUGUCAUCAUUUGUCUUCAUGUUGUUCUGGUUACAUCCCUGGAAGAAAAUGCUGAUAAUUCCAGUUUGUUAUCACCAUCUGCUGAAUCAUCUCUUGUCAGUUUUGUCCCCUACUCCAAUGGUACUCCAGUGGCUGAAACUACAAGCCUCAAUGAUGCUACUUCCAGUGUAUUGUCUACAUUAAACAAGACAGAAAAAACUAAAAUCACUAUAGUAAAAACCUUCAAUGCAUCAGGAGUCAAAUCCCAGAGAAAUAUCUGCAAUUUGUCAUCUAUUUGCAAUGAUUCAGUGUUUUUUAGAGGUGAGAUAAUGUUUCAAUAUGAUGAAGAACACAACAUUACCCAGAAUCAAGAUAUAACUAAUGGCACCUACUCUGGAGUGCUGUCUCUAAGUGAAUUGAAACGAUCAGAGCUCAACAAAACCCUACAAACCUUAAGUGAGACUUAUUUUAUAGUGUGUGCUACAGCAGAGGCCCAAAGCACAUUAAAUUGUACAUUCACAAUAAAACUGAAUAAGACAAUGAAUGUGUGUGCUAUAAUGGUUGCUUUGAAAAGAGUACAUAUUCGACCAAUGGAAGAGUGCUGCUGUUCUGUCAGGACACCUUGCCCCUCUUCACCAGAAGAGUUAGAAAAACUGCAGUGUGAUUUGCAGGAUCCCAUUGUCUGUCUUGCUGAAUAUCCACAUGGCCCACCAUUUUCUUCUUCCAGCAAACCCAUCCCAGUUGCUCCUCAGACCACCAUCUUUUCCCAGAUAUCCAGUGCCUUCUCUUUUGCUGAAUCCCUUAAUCAUCCCCCUGUGACCCAGAACACUCCCUCUCUGACACAGAAGAAUCAUUUUUCUCUUCCCCAGCCUUCAGCUCCCAUAGCUUCCAGCCCUGCCAUCAAUAUGCCCACCCAAUCUGGAACUCUCUCUUCCCCUCUGCCCCAAACCAAUCCUUCCCAUACCCCACCACCUGUGAAGUCCUCACUUCCCUCUCCCACCACACCUGCUCCAUCUGCAUCUUCAAAUGACAUCAGCAUCAGCACACCUCCUGUCAAAACAGAAAUUUUCAACACCAGCAGUGUUUCUGAUCUUGAGAACCAAGUGUCCCAGAUGGAGAAGACUCUGUCCUUUGGCAGCUUGGAGCCUAACCUUGCAGGCGAAAUGAUAAACAAAGUCAGCAAACUCCUUCAUUCUCCUCCCGCCUUGCUGGCCCCUCUGGCUCAAAGGUUGCUAAAAGUUGUAGAUGACAUUGGCUUACAGCUGAAUUUUUCAAACAAGACCAUAAGUCUAACCUCCCCUUCUUUGGCUCUGGCUGUGAUCAGAGUAAAUGCCAGUAAUUUCAACACAACUACCUUUGCGGCCCAAGACCCUGCAAAUCUGCAGGUUUCUCUGGAAACUCAAGCUCCUGACAAUAGUAUCGGCAUUAUUACUCUGCCUUCAUCGUUGAUGAGUAAUUUGCCAGCUAAUGAUGUGGAGCUAGCUUCCAGGAUUCAGUUCAAUUUUUUUGAAACACCUGCCCUGUUUCAGGACCCUUCUCUGGAGAACCUUUCUCUGAUCAGCUAUGUCAUAUCAUCAAGUGUUGCAAACCUGACUGUCAAGAACUUGACAAGAAAUGUGACAGUCACACUGAAGCACACAGAUCCAAGCCAGGAUGACUUAACAGUGAAAUGUGUAUUUUGGGACUUGGGCAGAAAUGGUGGCAGAGGAGGCUGGUCAUCCGAUGGCUGCUCCGUCAAAGAAAGGAAGCUGAAUGAAACCAUCUGUACCUGUAGCCACCUUACCAGCUUUGGGGUCCUGUUGGACCUAUCUCGGACAUCCUUACCGCCUGGUCAAAUGAUGGCUCUGACAUUUAUAACAUAUAUUGGUUGUGGGCUUUCAUCAAUUUUUCUGUCAAUUACUCUUGUAACCUACGUAGCCUUUGAAAAGAUCCGGAGGGAUUACCCUUCCAAAAUCCUCAUCCAGCUAUGUACUGCUCUGCUCCUGCUGAACCUAAUAUUUCUCUUGGACUCAUGGAUUGCUCUUUAUAACACAAAAGGCCUCUGCAUCUCAGUAGCUGUAUUCCUUCAUUAUUUUCUCUUGGUCUCAUUCACAUGGAUGGGCCUAGAAGCAUUCCAUAUGUACCUGGCUCUUGUCAAAGUGUUCAAUACUUAUAUCCGAAAAUACAUCCUUAAAUUCUGCAUUGUUGGCUGGGGGGUACCAGCUGUGGUUGUAGCUAUUGUCCUGAUUAUAUCCCCACAUAAUUACGGGCUUGGAUCCUAUGGAAAAUUCCCUAAUGGCUCACCAGAUGACUUUUGCUGGAUCAACAGCAAUGCAGUAUUCUAUAUUACAGUUGUGGGAUAUUUCUGUGUGAUAUUUUUGCUGAACAUCAGCAUGUUCAUUGUCGUCCUGGUUCAGCUCUGUCGAAUUAAAAAGAAGAAACAACUGGGAGCCCAGCGAAAAACCAGUAUUCAAGACCUCAGGAGUAUUGCUGGCCUCACAUUUUUACUGGGAAUUACUUGGGGCUUUGCCUUCUUUGCCUGGGGACCAGUUAACAUCACCUUCAUGUAUCUCUUUGCCAUCUUUAACACCUUACAGGGAUUUUUCAUAUUCAUCUUUUACUGUGUAGCAAAAGAGAAUGUCAGGAAGCAAUGGAGGCGCUAUCUUUGUUGUGGAAAGUUCCGGCUGGCUGAAAAUUCUGACUGGAGUAAAACUGCUACUAAUGGUUUAAAGAAGCAGACUGUAAACCAAGGAGUAUCCAGCUCUUCAAAUUCCUUACAGUCAAGCAGUAACUCCACUAACUCCACCACACUGCUAGUGAAUAACGAUUGCUCAGUACACGCAAGCGGGAAUGGUAAUGCUUCUACAGAGAGGAAUGGGGUUUCUUUCAGUGUUCAGAAUGGAGAUGUGUGCCUUCAUGAUCUUACUGGAAAACAGCACAUGUUUAAUGACAAAGACGAUUCCUGCAAUGGUAAAAGCCGUAUGGCUCUCAGAAGGACUUCAAAGAGGGGAAGCUUACACUUUAUUGAACAAAUGUGAUUCCUUUUUUCUAAAAUCAAAGCAUGAUGCUUGAUGGUGUGAAAUGUCCAAUUUUACCUUUUACACAAUGUGAGAUGUAUGAAAAUCAACUUAUUUUAUACUCAGCAACCUCUGGAGGAACAUAAGCUAAUGAAAGGCGAUGGUUACUAUUGGAAGGGGAAACCAAGACAUUAUUGUGACCUUUAGACAUUAGCAAUUUGGUUUCCGAACCUUCAUUUUAAAAGAAGGUUGGUUUUAAACAACACAGUGAGAAUAAGACUUGUAUAAACAAAAACGUAGUUAAUUUCCAGCUACAUUUUAAAGAGGCUAAGUUAUCUUUGAUAACAUCCUAGAAAGCAACUGUUGACUUCAGACUUUUGGUGAGUUUAGUUGUGCAUGCCUUUGUUGUAUAUAAGCUAAAUUCUAGGGACCCACGUGUCAGAAAUCUUACUUCUACCUUUUUUUGUAUUUAUUUUCUACUAUGUAGAUUUAUUCUUUUGUAGAAUCAUGGUUUUAUUGUUUUGUCUAAUGUGAUAACUCAGAAAAUCCUUACUGAUUCAGUGAAUUCUAAAGCUCCUUUUGGAGAUUAUAUGGAUGUGAAAUACAGAAACUUCAUUGAAAUCAAGAAAUAAUAAUGAUGCAGCCAGACUCUAAUCAGACAGUUCCACAAUUAGCUCAUACAGUGCCUUUGAGUGAGUUAGAAAAAGGUACCUCCCUGGGAAGAUACAGCCUGGUUUGGCAAGCAGAGUGGGGUCACGUUUUAGUCCUAGUCAUAUUAUUGGGGACAUCUUUAUACAAGGUAUGACCUGUACAACCAUACAUGACAUCCAGUGCCAGUACCCAUCCCCAGGCCACAUUAUCAGAUUAUGGAAUCUGCACCAAGAUGUUAAGCUUAAUACCUUGGUCACAGAAAGGGAAGAAACUCUAAUCUAGACCAUAUAUGGGGAAGAUUGUGAAUGUGGAGGAGAUACAUACACUGCCACAUCUCAAGUCCCCAGAGCCUUUCAGAAGAGGGGAACAGAGUAGGAUUACUUUUGAAAAGAGAGAUAUAUAAGGAAAACAAAUCAUAUUGCUGUUCUUUAAAAGGCAACUGCAUGGUACAUUGUUGAUUGUUACCACUGGUACACUCUGGCCCAGCCAGAUUUCUAAUUAUUUUUUAAAAUGUGUCAAGUCUUAAAGAGUGUAUAGUGACAAGGGGGAGCGGCUACUGAAAACAGUGAACUAUCCCGUGAUACUGUUGUUUCUAUUUGUAUCAAACCCUGAUUGCUAUAGUCUUUCCUACUUUCCACCUAUACCUGCUUGAGCAGUAACUCAAGUAUGUCCUUACUAGGAACAUUUCAAAACCCUUUAGUUAGAUCUUUCACUAAGGCUCCCUUGCAUAUAUUUCAAGUGAAUGUUGUAUCCCAGAUUAACCAUGGUAAUAAGACAUUUCUGAGUGCUGAUUUGUCUUUGCAGUAUUUCUUCUCUGAUUUAUUUAAUUGUCUUGUAUUUAUGUGUUAAAAUCAACAAACAAUGUUAAAAUGAACUAAAUAAAUUUAGUUAAGUCCUUUAAA